CCUCUCUCUCUCCCUCUCCAUCUCUCUCCCCCCCACAUGGACGCGGAAUACCUCGUCCUCACCAGCCAACGUGUGAGCGGAGGCUGACGCGAGUGCCCGCAUACGGAGUGCGGACCGCGGAGUGUCGUUGCGCGCGUCCUCGGUCCUUUCUUUCUCUCCCCCCCCUCAGAAAGCCGAGCUCACGUCUUUUUCCUCCCCUCCCUGACGCAGAACAGAAGAGUGGCUUUCUUAGAUCUCUCUCCCAUUACACGUCCAGAUCCCUCCCUGUCCUGGUCUCUGUCACUCAUCUCCACGGGGAAACCAGAGACCAUUUCGGAAUAUGGCACAACCUCUCUGUGGCGCUGCCUGGUGACGCGGCUGCUCAUCAUGUGGCGUUUCUCUCCCUUCUAACUAAAGUCGCCGGGCUCGUCGCGGUGUGUUCUGGCCGCUGCUUUAUUCCAACAGGGGGCCAAGUGAAGAAAGCAUAAAAAGCCCCUGGGGAAAAUGGAAGUUUUGGCGUCGGCUUGGUCCACUGAGGCUGCUGCUGCUGGUGAUUUGGUGCUUGGUGCAGGGGGACAACUGCGUCGCCAGGUCUGAAAGGCUGGGACUCUCGGGUCAUUGCAACGGGACCUGCUCUUCCAGAUAACUCCAUUUCCCCCUUGACGUUAUCGAAUGCUUUGCGAUUGGUCUCCUCAGACGAGCGUCCCCCAGCCCCUCGGUUCGCCCUGACGCGUCGGCGUUUGGAUGCGGUUUGUUCCCUCUGCGGCUCGUCGCCCCCCUGCUCGCUCAACGUGAGGAUUUGAUGUGGGCAAGAAUUCCAACAGGGCACCAGUCCGUGACUAUCCCCCCUCACACUCUCUAACGUCAAGUGAAUCUCCAGGCACAGAUCACAGGGAAUUUCCUUGACCGCCCCACGAAUGGACUAAAACCAGGAGCGUCGCUUUUUUCCCCGGGAUCUAAACUGUGAUCGUCUCCCUCUCUGGUUGUGGUUUUUUUUUUUUGGGGGGGGGGGGAUACAUCUGGACAACAUGAAAGUUAUCUCGGCCGUGUUGCUCCUCGCCGUGUUUUGGAGCCAGGAGUGGAAGUCGGUGCUCUCGGAUUCAAUCAUCCACAUCGGUGCCAUCUUUGAUGAGUCAGCACGGAAAGACGACGAGGUGUUCCGCCUCGCCGUGGCUGACCUCAAUUUGAACAAUGAGAUCUUGGAGACGGAGAAGAUCACCAUUUCUGUGGAGUUUGUGGACGGAAACAACCCCUUUCAGGCUGUGCAAGAAGCCUGUGAGCUGAUGAACCGCGGCAUCCUGGCCCUGGUCAGUUCAAUCGGCUGCAUGUCAGCGGGCAGCCUUCAGACUCUGGCCAAUGCCAUGCACAUCCCCCACCUCUUUAUCCAGCGUUCCCCAGCAGGAACUCCCCGCUCCGUCUGCCAGCCCACCAGUCGCAUCCCAGGAUCCGAUGACUACACCCUAAUGGUCCGCCCACCUGUCUAUCUCAAUGAUGUGAUCAUGACAGUCGUGUCUGAGUAUAGCUGGCAGAAGUUCAUCCUCUUCUAUGAUUCUGAUUUUGAUAUUCGUGGUAUAGAGGAUUUUCUGGACCGGACCUCUCAGCAGGGAAUGGACGUUUCCCUACAGAAGGUGGAAUCUAAUAUCAACAUGAUGAUCACAAGUCUGUUCCGAACAAUGCGUGUGGAAGAGCUGCAUCGAUACAGGGAUACACUUCGCAGAGCCGUGCUGUUCAUGAGCCCAGCCACUGCGAAGGCAUUUAUCACUGAGGUGGUGGAGACCAACCUGGUGGCCUUCGAUUGUCACUGGAUCCUGAUUAAUGAGGAGAUCACAGACUAUGACUUGCAGGAGUUAGUUUUGAAGUCAAUCGGCCGGCUGACGGUGGUGCGGCAGACCUUCCCCAUGCCCCAGAACACAACUCAGCGCUGUGUCAAACACAACCACAGGAUUAACACUUCCCUCUGUGACCCUAAGAACCCCCGGUCUCAGCAGCUAGAGAUCUCCAAUCGCUACAUCUAUGAUACUGUGUUGCUGCUGGCCAAUACCUUUCACAGAAAAUUGGAGGAUAGGAAGUGGCACAGCAUGGCCAGUCUGAGCUGCAUCAGGAAGAACUCCAAACCUUGGCAGGGAGGCAAGAGUAUGCUGGAUACUGUUAAAAAGUUCGGCGUGAGCGGCCUCACAAGUUUCCUGGAGUUCACUGAAAACGGCUCUAACCCCAACAUCUUCUUUGAAAUCCUGGGAACAAAUUACGGAGAAGACAGGGGAAGAGGAGUCAGUAGGCUGGCGAUGUGGGACCCGGUCCAUGGCUUGAACGGCACGCUGACGGACAGGAAAUUGGAAAAUAACAUGAGAGGAGUGGUGCUACGAGUUGUCACUGUUUUGGAGGAGCCGUUUGUAAUGGUGUCAGAGAACGUCCUGGGGAAGCCAAAGAAGUACCAGGGCUUUUCUAUCGAUGUCCUGGACGCCCUGUCCAACUACCUGGGCUUUAAGUAUGAGAUCUACGUCGCUCCAGACCAUAAAUACGGAAGCAUGCAGGCUGAUGGUCAGUGGAACGGACUGAUGGGCGAAUUGGUCUUCAAGCGAGCCGAUGUGGGACUUUCUGCCCUCACCAUCACACCUGAGCGAGAGAGCGUCGUGGACUUCACCACACGCUACAUGGAUUAUUCUGUGGGUGUUCUGCUGCGCAAGGCCGAGCGCACUGUGGACAUGUUUGCCUGCCUGGCGCCCUUCGACCUGUCACUGUGGGCGUGCAUCGCGGGCACCGUGCUCCUCAUUGGCAUCCUGGUGUACUUGCUCAACUGGCUCAACCCGCCCCGGCUACCCAUGGGAUCUGUGUCCUCGACAACGCUGUACAAUUCCAUGUGGUUCGUGUACGGAUCCUUUGUACAACAAGGUGGAGAGGUACCCUACACCACUCUGGCUACGAGGAUGAUGAUGGGCUUUUGGUGGAUGUUUGCUCUGAUUGUCAUCUCUUCAUAUACUGCCAACCUAGCCGCCUUCCUCACCAUCUCACGCAUAGAGAACUCCAUACAGUCUCUGCAGGACUUAUCCAAGCAAAUAGAGUUGCCUUAUGGUACAGUGCUGGACUCUGCGGUGUAUGAUCAGGUGCGCUCCAAAGCCAUGAACCCCUUUGAGAGAGAUCCCAUGUACUCCCAGAUGUGGCGGAUGAUGAACCGCACCGGAGGAGGGGAAAACAAUGUUGAGGAGUCAAAAGACGGCAUCCGCAAGGUGAAGUCUGGCCGGUUUGGCUUUGUGUGGGACACAGCUGUGCUGGAGUACGUUGCCAACAAUGACGAGGAUUGCUCCUUCUACACGGUCAGCAGCAGCGCACCAGACCGUGGAUAUGGUAUCGCCAUGCAACACGGCAGCCCCUACCGGGACAUUUUCUCCCAGAGAAUCUUGGAGCUGCAGCAGAACGGAGACAUGGAUAUACUGAAACUUAAGUGGUGGCCCAAGGACAGCCCCUGUGACCUGUACAGCUCAGUCCAGACACGGCAGCAUGGCAACGCCCUGGACAUCCACAGCUUCGCCGGUGUUUUCUGUGUCCUGGCAGCCGGUGUAGUGCUCUCUUGCCUCAUUGCAAUGGUGGAAAGCUGGUGGUCGCGGAGGAAGGGAUCCAGGGUCCCCUCCAAGGAGGACGAUAAGGAAAUCGACUUGGAGCACCUACACCGGCGGGUUAACAGCUUGUGCACCGAGGAUGAGAGCCCCCACAAGCAGUUCUCCACCUCUUCCGUCGAUUUAACACCCCUCGACAUGGAUGCGCUUCCUGCUGCGCGCCAGGCCCUCGAACAGAUCAGUGACUUCCGCAACACCCACAUCACGACCACCACCUUCAUCCCUGAGCAGAUCCAGACCCUCAGCCGCAGCCUCUCUGCUAAAGCCGCCGCUGGAUUUUCCGCUGGUUUCGGUAGCGGUGGCGGUGGGGGCGUUCUCCAGGACCACCGGACUGGGGUGGGCCCUUUCAGGCAGAGGGCCCCCAACGGUGGCUUCUUCCGCAGCCCCAUUAAAACAAUGUCCUCCAUCCCCUACCAGCCCACAGGUCCAGGACCCAACUUUGGAUAUGGCAAUGAUCCAGACAGGGGCACCUCCAUAUGAGGAGUUGCCAAGGAUGUGGUCGGUUCAGGAGAAGGAGGAAGAGAAAGAGAAAGAGCAUGAGGAGGAGGAGGCGGCGGCGAAGAGGCUAGAGUCAGUCAUGGGGUGGUAGAACAAAUACAUUAUGGCUAAGCGUAAAAGACAGAAGAUAGGGAUCUGUGUACAUAGGAAAUCUCUCUGUUUUAUACAAUGUGUGGAGAAGACGAAGGAGGUGGAGGUCUUUUGGGGCAUUCCUUAUCCUCCUGCGAACCAUGCUGGUGAGGUGCAAGAAUGGAAGCUGGAGAGUGAUCUUUGCUUUAUCGUUGUUGUUCUUGUGAUUGUUUGGGGGAUUAUUUGGGGGGAUAUCUGUGAAAGGGGAUCUUUUUUAAAAAAUUGUUUCAGUUCUAUGACAUGAGGCCUGCCUCAUGUAAGGGAGAUUUGCUGAUAUGACCUGACUCCUAUUACCUUCUAAACCCCAACUCGGAGGGUUUCAUUUAUACGACUCCAACCACAGGAAAUACUUCUAUGUUCUCGUGAGCUCCGGGGCUGCCAUUGGUGGAUGACUGGUGUCUGUAGCCAAGAAGCAACAACAACUAAUAAGCAAUUUUGGGGCAGAUACUUUAUGUCGGUAUAUAUAACCCAUAGUUCCUUGUGUAGCCCUGGGCAUGCACACAGCGGCCCCACUCCCACCCUUGCAGUUUUGAAAAGGUCCCAUCUCAGUGAAUAUCAGAAGAUUCCACCAGGUUUUCUCUGCCUUUUCACUAUGUGGGAUUCAAUACUCAGUUUUCUCUCGUCUUCUCUGGUGUCGAUUCGCCAAUACCUCGGGUUCUAAAUGUGUAAGCAUCUCCAAGAUGGUGUCAACACAGUGGCCUGACUAGACCUAAGACUUCACAGCUGAACACACGCUGACCCAGUGAUGAUGCAUCACUCUGAAAAACUGUUGAAAUGCCAUGACAGUGCAACAGUACGACACUGUAGAAUCACCAGUUUGGUGCAUCAAGCUUAAACUUCUUCUGCCAUUUUGGUGCAUCAGCCUGAAACUUUCACCGUUUUGAUGCACAUUAAAGACUCUUUGUCAAUUCCACUGCACUGUACCAGUGCCCACAGACCUGUAAGUGAUUGUAUGUAGAUCUGACCUUUUCUUUUUCUCACCCGUAUUGUGCUCUCUGCUUUUCAAGUCAAGGUGAGACUUGACUAAUCAGACGCCCAGAGGGAUGAUACAAAAAACAACCUAAAGAGAAAAAAAACCAACAUAAAAAUACAAGCUGAAAGACUUCAAAAAGCGUAUGCUUAUUAUAUGUCUUUUAUUGAAUUUUGUUUUUGAAAAAAAAAAAGAUUUUAAUGCGUGGAAUGUGUUUUGGUCAGGAAGUACAAAAAAAAUAACAUUGUUCUGAGCUGUCUGCUUGUUUUUUUUUUUCCUCAGCAAACUUUGAAAAACUGCUAAAUGAGUGAUGUAGUCUCUGGUUUUUGCAUAACUGUCAUUCAAACAUUUACAUUUGAUUUCAAUUUUUUUUUUGCUUAAUUUCAGUGCUGCCAUGACCUUGGUGUUUUAAAGGUAAAAGCUAAUUAUGUAAGGUCAUGUCAUGUUAAAGUUCAUUGAUCACGUAUCAGGUUCAAGUGGUGAAACAGAGUUGAUCUUGUGAUGAGGAGAAGCCAUUAAUACAGCAUCUUCAGUACAGGCCUUAUAUGUCAACUAGCUAGUUGUACCCUCCAAAACCCAAUUUAUCACCAUGUACAUUUAAUAGCAGCAAAUCAGUGGUCGUGUUUUAGGGGUUAUGGGAAUGUCACGAAGAGUCAAUGGCCAUCUGAACCCAUUGGCGGCCUUUUAUGAGAUGAGUUCAAAAGAUACUUCUAUUUCAUAUCUGUAAUCUUAAGGGUACUGUUUAUAUAACUUGUUGUUUUUUUUAAAGUGCCAAUUUAUUGAAAUGAGACCAUUAAGGUGCAUUUUGGGGGUGGGAAAGGGGAACGGUACAUUAAGAUCAUUAAAAGGGUUUUAUGUGGAUUGGGGUGAUAAAAUGGAACCAAACCUUUUUUUCACUAACACUGUAUUAAUAAUUGAUAAUGUUAGUUGUUUAGAACAAGUUUUCAGUUUGUUAUCUUUAAGAACUAAAACCGCAAAAUGUUGUGCAUAGAGAACUCAGUCACGCCACGGUGUUUUGAAGCAUUCUUAGGCAUCCAUUUCUUAUAUUAGGCUACAGUAUGGCUAUUGAAUGACAAAUAGGACACAGGCAUUUAAAAAAAAGUUUUAUUUAGUUUAAUGAAAGAGACAUUAUAAAAUGUAUAUUUUACAUGUUGAUGCUAUUUUUGUUUAACAAAAAGAAAAGAGUAUAUCAUGAUGAGCUUUAGUCUUGAGUUCAGCAGUCACGUUACUGCAUUUGGAUUUCCCUUGUCCUGCCCAUGGUCAACAUACAACACAAACUCUUUACGUUUCUCAUGUCACCCUGAGUCCAUUUUAUCAUUUGCUGGCAAAAUAACAAAAAGUGGCAAGAUGAUUAAAAAGACCGCAUGCACAAACUUGCUGUUGCGCUACCUGUUAGCAUUUUUUAUUUCAUACAUAGAACUACAGGAUUUCAUUGAUAAUUUUCAAACUUUACGAUGUACAGUAUUUAAUAUAGGCCUAUUUUGUUGUAUGUGUUGCAUAUUAUUCAAAAACUGAACAAACUGGGGCCUCUGUUACAAGUGGCAAAGCUUUCUGUGUAUAAUUUGUCUAAUAAACAGGUUUUCUACA